GAUAGCACGUAGUACCGAUAGCUGCCGCCACCACCACCGUCUCCGCAGGUCGUUCAUGGCGGAGAUCCUCUUUGCUGGGCACCUCGACCUCCGUCUUGGCCCCGACUCCUUCAAGCUCUCCCCUCAUCCUCCAACGCCCCUCCCUCUCGGUCGCUUGCUCUCCAGACCGCCUUCGCUGCCUCUGCCGAGGUCCAGGACCGUGACGAAGCCCCUCUCUAGAUCCUUCUCCGAGAUACUAUCCGUCACCGAGUGCUCCGACGGCAGCACCAUCUUCCGAUUUGGUGAUGCGACCGAGGUGAAGCGGGACGAGGUUGCUGCUUCUGGAAACUGUGUUCUUGAGAAGGAUGUGGAAAACUCGGGUAAAGCGGACGCGAAAGAUCCAACGGAAAAUGAUUCUGGUGAGAUGAGCCAAGAAACACCAAAACGAUCCGAUCUUGAGAUGAAGGGAUUGGAACCAGUCGUAAUUGGUGACCUAACAGCUGAAGGAGUCCACAGUUUGGGUCGGACAUACCGGGAACCGGUCGAGAUGGUUCCAAAAAUUGGAGCUGGGAUCUGUUUGGAGGAGACUGCGGUAGCCAGUGAAGAAAAUAUUACUGUUACCGAGGUAGAGAAGCCAGAAGCAACCAGGGAAUCUUGUGGUAAAGGAGAAUUGAAGGGGUUGGCCGCACAACUAAGCCAAGAAAGCUGUGUCUCUGCAAUAGAUGAUGUUGGAUCUUUGAUAGAAGAUGAGGAAGAGGAUGUAAACUCCGUGGAUGUUUGCAAUAAGGUUGAUGAAGCAAAGUGUUGUGUUGAGUGGACAAACAUAUUAAUAGGACAUGCUUCUGGCAACGAUGAUAAGGUAGUACGAGAUAUUGAUUCGGACAUUCAUGUUUCACCAGAAGAUCAGGUUGUUCAGUCUCUGGAUGAAGAUUCUGAUUCUGCUUUGAGAGCAUCAGUGAGAUCAGUUUGUCCUGCUAAAUGCAUGGAUAUGGAGGUGAAUUCUGUCGGUGAAACUUCACAAUUAUCGAGUAGUUCUUGUAUGGAUGAGUCAGAGGGUGAAUCAAGCAAUGGAACUCAAGUAGAAAAGGCACCAGAAUAUAGUGAAGGGAGAACCUCUGAUAUGGACAUUGACUUUGGAGAUAACUCACUUGAUGAAAUGACUUUUGAAACAACUAAAGAACAUAAGGAAUCAAGAAGCCCUGAUGUGGAUGACGAGGUGAAAGAUGUUCAUGGUGAUGGAAUGCUGCAACGUAGUGGUAGUUUUGAGAAUCUAGAAAUCCCAGUUCAUGAGACUAUUCAAAUCAUGGAAGCCCAAUUUGAAGAUAUCGGGGCUUCACAAGUGUCUAUGGCAGCUCAGGACAUCACUGAUGUGGAUGUGGAAUUAUUCUCUUCUUAUGCAGAUGGCCAUGGGGACAGCAAUACUGUUGAAAGAUUAGUCAAAGCUGAAACCAUUGAUGGAAUGAGACAAGAUGAGAAUGCUGAAGUUGCAGGUUAUAAUAGGGUGGACCAGGUACCAGCACACUUGCUUUCCUUGUCUUCUGGAGCUGCAAUCUUACCUCAUCCUUCAAAGGCAUUGACAGGUGGUGAAGAUGCGUACUUUGUGGCUUUGAAUAACUGGUUUGGUGUAGCUGAUGGAGUCGGACAGUGGUCCCUAGAAGGAAUCAAUGCGGGGUUAUAUGCCAGAGAACUGAUGGAGAAUUGUGAGAGAUUUGUCUCAAAAUAUGAAGGAACUAAACCAGAUGAAAUCUUAACCAAGGCUGCCGCUGAAGCAAGUUCUCCAGGCUCGUCCACGAUUUUGGUUGGUUAUUUUGAUGGACAGGUUCUUUAUGUAGCUAAUAUUGGAGAUUCUGGAUUUAUUGUGAUAAGGAAUGACACAGUUUUCAAAAGGUCUACUCCGAUGGUAUAUGGGUUUAACUUUCCCUUCCAGAUUCAGAGGGGUGAUGACCCUUCGAGAUACAUUGAGAUGUACAAAAUUGACUUGCAUGAAGAGGAUGUUGUUGUGACCGCAACUGAUGGCCUGUUCGACAAUCUAUAUGAGCAUGAAGUAGCAGACAUUGUGUCAAAAUCGCUGCAAGCGAGUCUGAAGCCCAGGGAAAUCGCAGAGAUCCUAGCAACAAUGGCACAGGAAUUGGGAAGAUCAGCAUCAGCUAGAAGUCCUUUUGCAGAUGCAGCCCUUGCAGCUGGGUAUCCUGGCUUCACUGGAGGUAAACUCGAUGAUGUUACUGUCAUCGUUUCUAUUGUUGAGAGAUCCAGCCGAUGACUUUGUUAAUAACAAGAGUCUUAAAGUCAGUAGUUUCCGGUUUUUGGAUUUUGUUUCCUGGAGUUUAUCUAUCAGCUUUUGGUCGUUAGUGAUCACAAAUUUUUAGUUGGUAUGACUUCA